AUUGCUUUCCUUCUACUUCUAGGAACACCAAUGUGUGUUUGUGGGGUCCUUACCCAUCACCAUUCUACAUUGUCUAUUUCUCAUAAAUACCACCACCCACCACCACCACCUUCAUCCACCACUCACCACCACCCUCAUCAAAUACUACUUCACCAAUGCCCAAUUUCAACACUUAAAUUCUUCAUUCCAAGCAAACAACUUUAUCCAUUUUUCUCUACCAAUUCAACUACUAUAAUCUUCAUUUUAAACACAACACCUCUAACUAUUUAAUUUACGAUUCAAUAAUUAUUUAAAUUAGGAGUAUCGUUGUUAUUGUUGUUUUACGAUUUCAAGAAGUAUAAUCUUGAAUUCAAAGCAAACAACUUUAAUUAUAUUUUUUUCCCUCAUAUACUUAUCAUGGUCAACCUUUUUAUUAAUGGGCUUAUUUCGUUUUUAAUUUUUAUCAAUUACGCCACCGCUUUAACCUCCGACGGCUUAUCUUUACUCACUAUCAAAUCCGCCGUGGACGGCGGCGCCGCAGUUUUCUCCGACUGGAAUGAAAAUGACAACACCCCAUGUCACUGGACCGGCGUCACGUGCGCCAACAUUACCGGAGUAUCUGACCCACGUGUCGUCGGACUUGCACUGGCCGGAAGAAACCUCCGGGGAUACAUCCCGUCGGAGCUCGGUAACUUAAAAUAUCUCCGGCGAUUGAACUUACACGACAAUAAUUUCCAUGGUUCAAUCCCUGAUCAAAUCUUCAAUGCGACGUCGCUUCACAGUUUAUUUCUGUACGGAAACAAUCUUUCCGGCGAAAUUCCGGCGUCUCUUUGUAACCCCCAACGUCUCCAAAACGUCGACGUUUCUCAUAAUUCACUCACCGGAACAGUAAAAAAAUUUCUGGGUAAUUGCCGGCAGCUACAAAGACUCAUUCUUGCCGACAAUAAACUUUCCGGCGUUUUUCCGUCCGGCGUGUUCCCGGAGCUGGCGAAUUUGGUUCAGCUUGAUCUAUCUUCGAAUUCAUUUACUGGGUCAUUACCAUUUGAUAUUGGGCAGCUAAAAUCAUUGUCAGGAACUUUAAAUUUAUCUUUUAACAAUUUUGCCGGGAAGUUGCCGGAAUCUUUAGGUGACUUGUCGUUGACUGUCAGCUUUGACCUCCGACAUAACAACUUCACCGGAGAAAUUCCUCAAACGGGUUCUUUUACAAAUCAAGGUCCGACGGCAUUUUUAAACAAUCCGGGAUUAUGUGGGUUUCCUCUGCAAAAAACUUGCCGGGAAAGUAGUCCGGCGGGUGCUCCGGCGAGUCAAAAUUUGACUCCGGUGAAUGAUGAUGGUGAAAGUAAAAAAGGGUUGAAACCGGGUUUGAUAAUAUUAAUAUCGGUGGCAGAUGCAUUUGGAGUGGCUUUAAUUGGAUUAAUAAUAGUUUAUUUAUAUUGGAGAAAAAAAGAUAGUAAUGGUUGUAGUUGUACUUGUAAAGGUAGAUUUGGUGGGGAUCAGAAAUCAAGAUUUUGUACUUUUCCAUGUGUCAGUGGAUUUCCCAGCACGGAUUCCGAGGCAGAGUCCGAAAAAGGUAGCGGUGUUAGCGGUGGCGGUGUUAGCGGUAGUGGUGAGGGAGGAGAGCUUGUGGCUAUUGAUAAAGGGUUUAGUAUCGAGCUGGAUGAGUUGUUGAGAGCUUCGGCUUAUGUGUUGGGGAAGAGCGGGUUAGGGAUUGUGUAUAAAGUAGUACUCGGGAAUGGGAUUCCGGUAGCGGUUAGACGGUUGGGUGAGGGCGGCGAACAGCGGUACAAGGAGUUCAUUGCGGAGGUUCAAGCCAUUGGGAGGGUUAGGCAUCCGAAUGUGGUCAAGUUACGAGCUUAUUAUUGGGCUCCUGACGAAAAACUACUGAUUAGCGAUUUCAUUUCAAAUGGCAACUUAGCCUCUGCAUUGAGAGGUCAAGCGUCGACGAUUCUUUCAUGGUCAACGAGGCUAAGAAUCUCGAAAGGAACUGCAAGAGGGUUAGCUUAUCUACAUGAAUGCAGUCCUAGAAAGUUUGUUCAUGGAGAUAUCAAGCCAUCCAAUAUUCUCCUAGACCACGAGCAACAACCGCAUAUAUCAGAUUUUGGUUUAAACCGCCUUAUCACCAUCACCGGAAACAACCCAUCGUCCUCAGGUGGCUUCAUGGGUGGGGCCCUACCGUACUUAAAGUCAACCCUUCCUGAAAAAGUCAACAACUAUCGAGCACCAGAAGCCCGAAUUUCAUCCAACAAGCCUACACAAAAAUGGGAUGUUUACUCUUUUGGUGUAGUGCUGCUCGAAUUAUUAACUGGAAAGUCACCAGAAGUUUCGUCUCCAACAACAUCAACAUCAACUGAGCUCCCUGAUCUAGUGAAGUGGGUAAGGAAAGGGUUCGAGGAGGAAACCCCGUUAUCAGAUAUGGUCGACCCAAUGUUGCUUCAAGAAGUACACGCGAAAAAAGAGGUUUUGACAGUGUUUCAUUUAGCACUCGCGUGUACUGAACUAGACCCUGAGAUACGACCUCGAAUGAAAACAGUAUCGGACAGUCUUGAAAAGAUUAGAACAUAAGCCAACUCGAUCCAUUGGGACUUGACGUAUAUGUCUUUUGGUUAAUGAUGAGUAAGUAAUAGUUAAUUUGGGCAUAUUAUUUUUUCUUGUAAUGUAAAAGAAAUCAUAUUUUUGGUAACAAACACAUUGGUUGUUGAAAAAAAUCUUUAUGUAUUCUAAGAAAAGUACAUUUUAUGGGAGGAUAGUAAUGUUUUCAGUUA